UUAAAUCAUUUUAAUAUCAAUCCAUACAUUUUAGAAUGUGAAAAGACAUGGAGGGUUUAACAAUCUGGUCAACUCCUUCCACUAUAUAAACUCUGUCUUGCCCAUCUUCCUUUGCAUCUUAUAAUCCUUUGACUCUUCAGUUUAAGCAGAUUGGUCUUUUUAACAAUGGCAACCAAAGUUUAUAUUGUGUACUACUCUAUGUAUGGGCAUGUCGCGAAGCUUGCAGAAGAGAUUCUUAAGGGAGCUUCAUCUGUUGAAGGAGUUGAGGCAAAACUGUGGCAGGUGCCAGAAACACUAUCAGAGGAAGUGCUUGGAAAGUUGAGUGCAGCACCAAAGAGUGAUGUUCCAGUCAUUACUGCAGAUGAACUUACCGAGGCAGAUGGCUUGAUCUUUGGUUUCCCAACUAGAUUCGGAAUGAUGGCUGCACAAUUCAAGGCAUUUCUUGACUCAACUGGUGGCUUGUGGGGAACUCAGAAACUAGCAGGCAAACCUGCAGGCUUAUUUUACAGCACUGGUUCUCAAGGUGGUGGACAAGAAACGACUGCGCUGACAGCCAUUACUCAACUUGUUCACCACGGUAUGAUUUUUGUACCAAUUGGUUAUACUUUUGGAUCUGGCAUGUUUGAGAUGGAGAAUGUCAAAGGCGGAAGCCCAUAUGGUGCUGGUACUUAUGCUGGAGAUGGUUCACGACAGCCUUCUGAGCUUGAACUUGCACAGGCUUUUCAUCAGGGGAAGUACAUUGCUGGAAUCACCAAGAAGCUCAAGGGAACUGCCUGAUUCACUUUAUAUCUUUCUAUUAUUGCUGCGGUAUACAUUCAUUGGCAAAAUUUUAUGGUUAUUGAACAACUAUCAAUGAAAAUUAAUAUAUUAUGCUAAUUGUUUGAAGUACUUCUUAUGUAUAUGAAAUUGGGUAUGGUGUUUACAAUAUAUAAUUUAUAUAUGAGUGUUUUCUAGAA